CAUAUCACCGUACAUUUGUAAUCGAAGUAACCAAGAUCUCAGAAAAUAAUAAGGCCAAAAAUAAGAAAUGGCUCUGUUUUAUGAGCUCUGUUUUCUUCUUAUUCUUCUACCAAACACAGCCUUAUCUCAAACAACUAACAACAUAACAGUAGGCACAACACUCACAGCAACAGACAACUCAUUAACAUGGCUCUCACCCUCAACCGAAUUUGCAUUUGGUUUUCGAAAACUCGAAAACCAAAACAAUCUCUUCUUACUCUCCAUAUGGUAUGCAAACAUACCAGACAAAACAAUUGUACUACAACAACCAAUACAGACUCCUCGGCUGCAGUGCCCAGGGGGUCUCAGGUCAGUCUAACAGCUGACCGGGGACUUGUAUUGGUUGAUCCUCAAGGAAAAGAGGUAUGGAGUUCGAAGAUAGUAAGCGGAGAAGCUUCUCACGCGGUUAUGGGGGACGAAGGAAACUUUGUGAUCUUUGAAGGGAGUAAUGGGGAUAAGAAGCUUUGGGAGAGCUUUGAUCACCCGAGUGAUACGCUUUUGCCCGGUCAGAGUUUGAACCGCGGAGAAGGGGUUUCGAGUCGUUGGAGGGAGAAUGUGUUUUCGAAAGGGAGAUUUGAGUUGAGGUUGCAACAAGAUGGGAAUUUGGUGUUGGUUUCUGUGAAUUUGCCUACUGAGCAUGCUAAUGAGCCUUAUUAUGCUAGUGAUACUUAUGAAGGGAGUAAUAACUCUUCCAAUGCUGGAAAUCGGUUAGUGUUCAAUGAGACAGGCAAUCUAUAUCUCUUGAGAGUAAAUAAUGAAAGAUUAAGUCUAGCUAGUGAGAACAUGGUCUCAGCAAAAGACAACUAUAUAAGAGCUACUCUUGAUUUUGAUGGUCUUUUCACUAAAUAUUAUCAUCCCAAGAGAUCCAAUGGGGAUGGGAAAUGGACUGUUCUUUGGUCCAUACCCGAAAACAUAUGCCAACGCUCUCUUGUCUCUGCCGGUAUUGGAGUUUGUGGAUACAACAGCAUUUGUACUCUCAAUGAAGAUUCAAGACCAACAUGCCAAUGCCCGAAAAAGUACUCUUUUAUUGAUCCCAACGACGAAUAUGGAAGCUGCAAACCCGAUUUCAUACAAGGUUGCGCUGAAGACGAGCUUACUCCCAACAUAAAAGAUCUCUAUGAUGUUGAGGAGUUGCACAAUGCAGAUUGGCCCUUAUCGGAUUAUGUCAUGCUGAAGCCUUUUAAUGGAGAGGAUUGCAAAGAUUCUUGCUUGAAAGAUUGUUUGUGUGCUGUUGCUAUCUUUAGAGACGAAACAUGUUGGAAGAAGAAGCUCCCUCUCUCGAAUGGUAGGUUCGACGAGAAUCUUAAUUCGAGGGCGUUUAUCAAAGUUCGUAAAGAAAAUAUCACCUUACCUAGGAUUAAUUCUGUUAGUUAAUUGCUUGUCUAGGUGCUUGGUCAUGUGACCGAGUUAGUUAGUGUUAGUUGCCUAAGGACGGUCAGCUUGACUGACCGUUUAUUCUGUUAUUCCAACAGAAGCACCAAGCCUAUAAAUAGGCAUUGAACAACAUUGUUAAUCCCUUAUUGUAACUACUACACUUUAUUACAAUAAAGAGACAUUAUUCAUUCAA